AAGACACUACAUAGUAAUGUAGGCCAGGAUGUGAUAUAUAGAGCUUACACAGUGUAUUUAAUUACGCUAUCUCUCACGAACACCAACAAGACCCCGUUUCAACGAUACGGUAUAGAAUAAAAUUGUUACAACAAUGUAUUGCACUUACACGGAGACAUUGUUGAAUUCAAGCUGUCGACACGGAGACUGUCGACACGCAUUCACUUCACUAUGUUAUGCAUACAGUAAAAUAAAUAUUAGCAAAAAAGAUUUCUCUCGUGUAUUGUCAGAAUGUUCGAUUUAGAAGAACUUACAGAAAUCAAUGCAACGCAUGCAAACAUUAUGAAUGUCUUCAAGUCCUUAACAAGCUUGCAUAAAUCACAGCUCUCACAAAAUGGCCUUUGUUAUGCUGUUUCAACACAUGACAGGCUUUGAAACUAUAAUUGUCUUAUGAAACGAAAUUAGAAAAUAACGAAAAAGUAUUCCCUGCAUCUGAAAGUGAUAAUUCGAGUUGGGUGCUGAAGCCGCAAACUUUAACAUAGUAUUUAAACCCAACAACCCUUAGGGGUUAGCCUUCAGACCCCCAGCCCCUGGCCUGAAAUGAAAAUCGAUCUUUUUCGAACAUUGUCCUAAUUUAGAUACUUAUGUGUGAAAAGAUGACAAAUCUGUUUAAUAACCCGAUAAGUUUUGUCAUAUUGUUUGCUGACAUUAUUGAUUUCUAUGUUUUCUUGCUCUUAGAAAGAGCUUUAAAAGACACGCAAUAGUCGAACCUCAGUAGUCCAAAUGAAUUUUUAAACAUCUAAAAUUCAAAGUUAAUGCAAACAGUCAGCUCCAUUUCCCACAUUAGAAUUUUAAAGACAUUGCUUUUUUGAUACAUAUUUCAUUGCUCAUUUUUCUUAUACUUCUUUUAUUGCUCGUGUUUUUACCAGCUAUCUAAUCAAUUCUUGCAGUUGAUCCCCAUGUUAUAAUGAGACUAUACAUUACUUAAAUGGGAAGUACGUUUAAAUAUUUAUGUUAUGCCAUGUUGAUACAAUUAAAACUUUUUAGCCUACAGCUACAGCAACAACAUUUCCAUAAACUGGCCUGGGUCCUAGUUGUUGUUUAUACGUCUCUAUGGCGCGGAUACCAAUUGUGGCGAAGAAAUGUUCAUUUGGAGAAAAGUUAUAAAUCAUUUCAUUAUAGAAGCUGAUUUUUCAUACUGAAGGAAGCCUUUGAUACAAUUUAUUAAAAUCGCUUGUUAGUUGCUUCAGUGGUGGACUUUCCUGUUUGCAAAUUUAAAAGAUGCAUGCAUGAGAUUAGGCCACCUUAUGCAUAUCUUCGCGUUGACAACUGGAAUUAAAGCAAAUACGAUCGCUCAUUCUUGCUAGUACAGAGGAAAAUAGAUAUUAGAGGCGUCCCUACUUUGCUAUCGCAUCUCGGAAUAGCCUGCAGUACAAAAAUUUGGAAAGAUGGGCCUAGAAAGAGGUCUAGGUGAUGUUAAAGAUGAGCUGCAGAUGUUCAUAGAGUCACAGAAAAGAAAAGUGGACAGUGAUAAAAGAGAGUUGAUGAAAGCUCAAGAUGCACUAAGUCCAAGAGACAACCAGCCUAGUAGAAUUUCAGACAAUGCAUCACAACAAGGUCACAAGUUCAGCAACAAGUCUGCAGAUGCAGAAGCUGACUAUCAAUCUGGUUUACCACUUGGACAAUAUGAACUUAGAAAAAAGGCCAUGAGAGAUGAAAGAGUCAGGGAUUAUAAGAAAUAUGCUGCUGAGAAAGAGUUACGGAGGACUGGGAAAAUAGAUCCAUCUCUUUUGGAAGGUGCCAGUCCUAGAGCAGGCAACAGAAAGGCAAGAGAUGAAACUUCCAGGCGGAGUGAAGUCACCACUCCUGAUAUUGUGGAUGCGUAUGCUGCUCUUCUGAGAAAAAAGCGUGCCGAAGAAAGGGCAUACAGAGAGAAUUAUGAUGAUCCAGAAGUGACAAAUGACAGGAGGGUGCGAUUCGACGAUUCGGAAAAUGAAACUUACAGUUCAAGACCCCCGCCUAAUAUUAACGACGAAGAACUGUUCCAAUGGGCCAGGGAAAAAGCAAAAUCGGGUCGUCGUCAACACAGCGCUGGAAAUGUUAAAUCUGAAAAGCCAAACGAUGUCGAUGAAGGGGCUAGUACGAGAGCAAAAUCAGUUCCUCCAAGCACCACUGCUGGGAUUUUUGGAGACGGGGGUGGUGCUGUUGAUGAGUCAAGACGGCGGAAGGAGCAGUACAAGAAGGACUUGGAAAUGCAAAUCAAAGAAAAAGAAGAACAAAAGUACAGAGAAAAACUGAAAAAACUUGGAAGAAUCACAUCCUCUGACGAAUUAAAUAUUAUCACGAAAAAAGAAGAGUCAACUACAAAUAAUAAGCCUGUGACGUCAGAAAACCAUACAGAAGACCGCUAUGUUGAACCAACCUCAGGAAGUCGAUCGGGCAGUAGAAGCUAUGGAAGACCUCGUUAUGAAGAUGAUCAUCAUGAUCCUCGUUUGGGUUAUCAAGGAUAUCCAGGAAUGCCGUAUCGAGGUAUGGGUGGAUAUGACCCGUACAUGCAAAUGAUGCCGGGAAGAUUUGACCCAAGGAUGGAUCCGUAUUUGAUGCAAAAUCCCGGAUAUGCUGGGUUUCCAGGCUACUCCGGUAUAAUGUACGGUCCGAGUGCUGGUAUGAUGCCUAGGCCGGAUAGAUUCGACGACAGAGGAAGAGAUGGAGACUAUGGGGGCGGACGUACUUCACGUAGAGAUAGUCAGGCGCGGAAUCUGAAGAGUCCGCAUAUUGAAGCACCGGUACAAGAGACUGUGUCCGUAAGAACCAGUGAAGUGAAAUCGAAGCAUUCACCUCGAAGUGUAGCGGUAACUGCUGGUGUUUUUGGUGACGACACUCCUGAUAAGGGAGCCGAAAGAGCUGCUAAAAUUGCCUAUCAAGAAGAACUCAGAAAACAGAUGCAAGAAAAACAAGCUGCAAAGGAAAAAGAGAAGAGAGAGCGUGAAAGGUAUGAGGCAAAAAUGGAGGCCGAGAUGGCAAAGUAUGACCCUUGGGGACGGGCUGGGGGCGGUGCUCCUGUCAAGGACCAAUCAGGCCAUCUUGUUGCCGACUUGAGAACAUUACACAAAUAUAAUGAAGAUGGAGUCGUCGUAUCUCCAAGAGGCGAUGUAAAUUCUGACGGCAAUUUGGCCAACUUACCCAAAGACAGUCCAGUAUUAGCAGCCUUGAAUGGUUUUCAGAACAUUGCAAACUCAUCUCCAAAUGCGUCUCCACGUGGAAACUUUGAAAACCAGGCUCAAGGAAGGGGGGCUGCUUUGAUGGAACUCCAAGGAAUACAGAAGAAUCCGACCCAGAAGAAAGAACAGCAAAGUUACCAAGAUUUUCUGAGGCAGCAGAUCGAGGAGAAAAAGCGUAUAAAAGAUGAGGAAGAGAGGAAGCAGAAAGAAGAGGAAGAUAAAGAGAACCGAAGACUUGAAGAGCAAAGGAUCAAAAUGGAGCAGGAAUUUCUUAUUGAGCAGGAGAAGGAAAGACGGAAAGAGGAAGAAGUUCGCCAGAAGAAUGAUGAGAUGAGAAAAGUUGCAGAGCUAAAAAGACAGGAGGCUGAGAAGGAGAGAAAGGAAAUCGAAGCUGAUAGAUUUAGAUCCAUUCUGAAAAGAUCCUCCGAACUCAAACAACAGUCAAUAGAAACGAGCAACAGGCCAAGCUCACCGCCCAUUCCUGCCCUACAGAACAAUUCACGAACAGAAUACAACAGACCUGCAUCUCGUCAACUCCCAACUCUUGCAAAGAAACAAACAACAGAGUUUCAGCAACAAGAUCACGUAAGACCAGUUUCUCGCCCCAUUCCGACUCUCACCAAACAACAAAAUAUAGAGAUGCAUAUGGAGUCUCAAGCAACGCAACUCAGCAACCCUCCUUCCCGCCAAUAUGAUCGAUCAAAAGUGACGAUCGACCAUUGUCAGUCUUCUAAAUCGAAUACAAAUGAACAAGCAGAUGUUGACAUGCAGUAUUUGAAUAUUAUUCGCCAACAGCUGCUUCGGGGAAACUCCGAGAUAGAAGGGGCAAACUCAGGACAAACAUCGUCGCAAACUCACGUGAUAAAACAGUUGGCAGUAUUACGCAAACAGCUUAGUACAGAGGAGCAAAAAGUGCAAAAAGAGCUGGAAAAAAACGUAGAAAAGUAUCAAGAAACAAAGACAAAAACUAAAAGCAUCACAAAACAGAAAAGUGAAGAUCGUGCAGAUAUUUUCGAAAAAGCGAGAAUUCGUCGUGGAUCAGCAAAGAGAAGAACGGCAGCGAAGCAUGCGGAUCAAUUCAAUAAACUGGCAGAUGCAUCAUCUGUAAUAGACUUGAAAUUGCCAAACAGGCAGGUCACUGUGAGUGAGCUUGAUCUACAGCAAAGAGAAUUUAUCAGGCUACAGGAACAAAAACUCCAUGCACUGCGCGAAGCAAUCAAAGACACCUCUGAUUUCUUGAUGGUAAACAUUGACAACGACAAAACAUCGUCUACUAAAGUGCGGAGAUCAAGUAAGCAAUCGUUAUUAGAAUCGGACAGUCAGUUUAUAAAAAUGGAUGAUCAGUCAGUGAGGUUAAGCUCAAGACUUUCAACUGCUCAAUCGAAUCGCCGCUACUUGAAUGCUGAAGAUAGUCUGGAGGAACCAUACGAAUCAAGAACGAAAACACCUGGUGGCUAUUCGAUAGGCUCUAUGACGUCACAAGCAAUUGAAGAAAUGGCAGCGAAAAACGAAGAACGAUUGAAAAGUUUGCAAGCAGAAGGCCGAAGAGAUGUUGCCACCCCUGAAGACCCAGAAGAUAUCAUCGAUAAAUAUCUCAGAUCAUCAAGUCAAAGGGGGAGCAGGCCUCAAACAGGCCAAUCUGAAAAGAGUUUACCUUCAAACACAGCUUUGAAAUAACUAUAUAACACCAGAAUUGGAUUAACUAAAAAGUAUCGAUUUGAACUUCUUUGCUAUGUGGUAGCUUCGUUUUCCAGUGUUCGUUUCCAGGUGUUUUGAAUCACCAUGAAAGUUAAGGCUAAACCUUCGCAGAGCAGUAUUUUGCUGUUGUAAUGUGUGCUUAGUAAAGUAGAAUAUUGUACAUCAUAUAGUUUAUUUAUUCCAUCUAAUUUUGUGCCAGAUUCGAUGUUAUGUGACCGUUUGAUAA